AUGGCGGAGUUAGGGAGUCCUGCACUGGAGACACCAGCAGCCUCAGGCCGGAGAACUCAACGCUCUCCGCGCAGAACCCGGCUCCCCCGCCCGACUUCCGGUGCCUCAGACCCUCCACUUCUCAGUUCAGUGCAACCUGCUUGUGACUCCGCCGCCAGAGCACGUCCCGUAGGCAACACUGUGUCGAUGAAGCAGAAGAAGAAGAAAAUCCCGACUAGGGUCUCUGGGACAAAUGGAGACGAAAAGACCUACGAGAAACCUGUUCCAGAGGAAGCUCCCCCCAGUGCUGAGGCCCAGGCGGAGCAGCUGGCGAGGGAGCUGGCCUGGUGUGUGGAACAGCUGGAGCUGGGUCUCAAGACGCAGAGACCCACCCCGAAGCAGAAAGAGCAGGCUGUUGGGGCAAUCCGAACCUUGCGCAGUGAGAAAACUCCCUUGCCCCGGAAGAGACAACUGAUGCGCUCCUUGUUUGGGGACUACAGGGCUCAAAUGGAUGCCGAAUGGCGGGAAGCCCUGAAGGCCCUCAGGACUGCUACCCAGUCAGCCCGGGUCCAGCUUGUAGGCGAGGAGGCCAGAAAGAAGAGCGGAAGGGUCUGCAGGCCUCGUCCAGCAGGAAGAACCAAGGCCACUGUGGACUCUGCUGAUGAAGAGUUUCGGUUCAAUUUCUUUUAGAUGCUCCUACAUUCUGGACUAGUCAUCCUCCUCCAGCGUGGUGUGGGGAUUUGUCUUGAGUGCAGGGCCCGGCUAGGAAUUGCUCUCAGUGGAAGUGGGAUUGGUUUGUCCCUAUCUGGUGUGUGGACGCGAAGCUGCUGGCCCUGUGAGACUCCUUAUGGGAACUUUUGGAGGAGAUGUUCCUCCGGUCAGAAGAGAACUUUUCUGUGCAUUUGGGAACUCCUCUGUGAUAAGCCUGCUUGUUGGGUGGGUUGGAGAAAGAAAUGGUCCUCCGGUCUGGGAGCAGCUGUUGGCGGUGAGGAACUGAAGAAGCUGUGAAAUUACUUAACACAUAGCGCUCACUUUUGAACGGAUGCCCUGGCCAUUGGCUUAGAGCUUUAUCUAUUGUUAGAGCAUACCAAUAAAUAUUUUUUUUCUACA